AUGGAACGCGCAACUGGAACAGAAGUGUACGGGUGUGGCUCGCCCCAUUCUACAGACAUAACGCUAAAUAUACAAACUACAACUGGUGGUAAUUUCUCUGUCAGCUUGAACGGCAAAAAUACUGUAGAACACCUUAAAAAGUUGGUUUCAAAGAAGCUUAAAGUGUCGAAGGAUCGAAUAUGUCUUCUACAUCGCGAAAGUCAAUUGAGAGAUGGCACAUUGGAGGAGAAUGGUUUGCUGGACGGUUCGCGCGUCAUUCUGCUGCCGAGUGUCGAGACAGGUCUUCUGAGUCAGAGACCUGAAAAUUCAGUGAUGCAAGCAUUAGAAUUACUUAAUGAUACACAAGUUAAUGACUUUUUAAGUGGUAAAUCCCCUUUAAAUCUGACCAUGAGACUAGGUGACCACAUGAUGUUGAUACAACUUCAGUUAUCCACUUUAAAUUCUGGUUCAUCUAGUGGAACUCGAUCCUUACGGACAUCCACCCCAACCAAGAGUUCCAGUUCAAUGAGCACAAAGUCUGACCACACAGAAUCUCCCAGUCUGCAAAGUGUCCCACAGAAAUCUUUAAAAAGUGAAGAACUAUCUUUAGACUCAGAUAAAAUAAAACAUGAAACUGCUGCUCCAAUAUUACAGAAACAGGAUUUAGAAAUGCUUCAAAAUGCUUUUGAUUUAUAUCGUUCAAUGGCUGAAGAAAAAUAUGGUCACAAAAGUGAGCCUUCAAAAGAAGAGAUUCUGGACACCACAAGCUGUACCAUGUCAGAUCUAUCUGAUACAUCCUUAGAAGCUGAACAAUCACCCAUAAAAUCCCUAUCUAAUUUAGUGUCCAGCCCUAUGGAUGCAUCUGCUUCUGAGAGCAGAGAAGUCACUAUUGCAAAUUCUGUUAAAAGUAGCCUAAUAGACCUUUUAUCAAGUAAUAAACUUUCUAAUGAUGUGCUUCCAUCAACAAGUGCCAUGUGUGACAAACCUUAUGCAUCUACUUCAUCCCUUACACCAGACAGUUCCCUCAGUGAUGACAGUGAUAAUUUUGCAGACCAAAGUUCUUUCUUAGCUGAAAGUACCAUAGAUGAAUAUCCAAUGGAGAAUUUAUUUAACAGUGCAAUAGACAAGGGCUUAUUUGAAGUACAAGAUGAAUCAAUGAUGGAUAGGGAGAUCUCAAACUUGGCCACAACCAGUCAUGGUAGUCAAGAAUCCCCUAACGGUGCAUUACCUUCAUUCCAAAGUUUAAAUGAGCCCUUGAAGAAUAAACGCUUUCAGUAUCUGCUUCACAAAACAUCGAAGUUCAAACACCCAAUUGGACAAAAUAAACAAAAGGCAUUCAUGCAAUCUGUGGUCAAUAAGCACAAGAAAAGAAUGCAGAUGAGACAAGAAAUGCAAUCGCAACCAUCUACCUCUAGAACUGAACCUUAUGUGGCAAGUGCAAAAAAACCAACAUCUUUAAACACAAUGACCACUGAAGACCUUGCAACACCUUCUACAUCUAAAACAGUUCCUUUCAAAGCUCCAGACGCUCCUAAAAAACCACAAAGGGCUUCGGCCACUCCCCCAGUGGACACUAAAGCCUUAAUAGAAGCUUCGAAAAAUUUAACUCAAAAAUUAAAGAGGUUAUCAAAAGAAGUGCUUACAAAUAAACUAGAUCUCAGAAUGGCCGAGGAGUCUCUGCGUACAAAGUUUGGUCCUGGAGCUGUGAUAGAAUCUAUGAAGCACCAUGGUAAAGGAAUUUAUUCAGGUACUUUUUCCGGUACCCUUAAUCCGGCACUGCAAGAUAGAUAUGGUCGUCCAAAGAGGGAUAUAUCAACCAUAAUACACAUAUUGAAUGACUUAUUGUGUGCCUCUCCCCCCAUCUCAACUUUAGCACAGAAGGAUUCCAAACACAUCUGUUCCUUGGGAAUACCUGAUGAGGCUAACAAGUGCAUGUGCAGCCAGCCAUCAUGCUCCUACGGGCAAUGCGACGGCCACUCGCCGUCGACGUCGGUCUCUGCCGCUAAAACUUGCUCGUGCCAAAUCAAAGACUGUCAGUGCGUUCGUUUAGAUCCUAAUCUGUGUCCCACAUGUGCCGGUAAAUCCACAUCGGGCGAAAUGUGCAAGAAAUGUGACACUGCAAAGACUUUAGCAAUGGAGAAUUCAAAGACUAAGUGCAAAUUGGAACAACUGAGGCUCGUUAUGCAACAGAAGAAACAAAGACGGGAGGCGAGGAAACUGAAGACCUUGCCGUACACAAGUACACCCCCCAAGGGCAUUGGUUCACCGGACCCGGCGACACCAAUGCAAGAGGAGAUUGAGACAGUCGCU